GCUGCCCUUGUGUGUAAAGCUAAGUCAGUAAAGUUUGUGUGUACGGGGGCAAAACUUACAGAAUGCUGGAGGAAUUUAGGUUGUCACCCUGUGAGCGCUGCCGGUGUGAAGUCAACAGAGAAGUUUACUGCACCAUAUCCGGCUGCCCUACCUUACAUUGUGUGAAUCCUGUAUAUGAACCCAACCACUGCUGUCCUGUGUGCAAAAAUGGGCCAAACUGCUUUGCUGGAAAUCACGUGAUCUCAGCAGGAGAACGUGUUGAGAUUGAUGAGCGGAUGGUAUGUUUCUGCACCUACCAGGAUGGAACAGGGCAGACGCACCUUCACGCUACCUGUGAGGAGCACCAACAAGCAGACAAUGAAGCCACUGACUCCGACAACACAUCCAAGCAGAAGGAGGAGCAGGAGACGGAGAAAGAGAAAGAGAGAGUGUUCUCACCCAGGCUGGAUGCCAUCCCAUGAAGUGAAGUGUGCCUGGGACCAGCUCUCCUGACAGGCAGGAGGGGAUGCAGAACACCAUGCAGGUGUCUGUGCUCAAGGUAAACACAACCUGUGCUGGGAUAGCUGCCAAUGCUGACCUCUUUAGCCAACCUCACCACCCCCUCCCAUCCUGACCCAGAUCGGCAACCCACUGACAAGCAACAUGCACUAAUAAAAUGUUCUGUUAUUAUACAUGGCACACUCGUUGUCCAGAAAUUAGGGGUCAGUAAGUUUUAAAAUAAAUACGUUUAUGCAGCAAGGUCACAUUAAAUUGAUUAAAAAAGUGACAUCGGAUAUGUUGACAAUGUUACAAAAUAAUUCCAUUUCAAAUAAAUGCUGUCCUUU